CAAGUGGCAAACUAGAAGUUAUUCAACAAGGUUAAAAUCCGUAAGCCUUGGAAGAGUCGGUGGACAUUAUCAGAGGCACCUUACCCAGAAGUGGGAAGGGUGAAGCGAUUCUGCAGGAAUCCUUUGGGAAAGGAGCUAUGGAGAUUGGAGGGGCAGGCGUUCUGCAGAUAAGGCAAGUCCUGCUUUUCUUUGUUUUGCUGGGGAUGUCUCAAGCGGGCUCUGACUCUGGGCACUUCUCAGUGGCAGAGGAAAUGCAGAGUGGGAGCUUUGUAGGCAAUCUGGCAAAAGACCUGGGGCUGGAAGUGGGUGAGCUAUUCUCCAGAGGGGCUCAGGUGGUCUCUAAUGAUAACAAACAGCGAUUGCAGCUGGACAUAAAUACAGGGGAUUUGCUCUUAAGUGAAGCACUAGACCGGGAGGAGCUCUGUGGCUCCACCGAGCCCUGUGUGCUGCAUUUCCAGAUAUUAAUGAAAAGCCCCUUGGAGUUUUUACGGAUUGAGCUCCAGGUCAAGGAUAUAAAUGAUCACUCUCCUGCCUUCUUAGAAAAAGAAAUGCUCUUAGAAAUCCCAGAGAAUAGUCCUGUCGGUGCUGUGUUCUUACUAGAAAGUGCAAAGGAUUUGGAUGUAGGAAUCAACGCUCUAAAAAACUACACAAUAAGCCCCAACUCUCAUUUCCACAUUAAAAUGAGAGUCAAUCCGGAUAACAGGAAAUACCCAGAGUUAGUUCUGGAUAAGGCGCUGGAUUAUGAAGAGCAGUCUGAACUCAAUUUCAUUCUCACCGCUCUGGAUGGCGGGUCUCCACCUAAGUCCGGGAGUACCUUGGUCCGGGUGGUGGUCGUGGACAGUAAUGACAACUCCCCUGAGUUUCAGCAGCCAUUUUAUGAGGUGAAGAUUUCAGAAGAUAGCAUACUAGGCUCACCGGUUGUCACCGUCUCAGCUUGGGAUUUAGAUUCAGGUAAAAACGGGGAAAUAUCAUACAUGUUUUCCCAUGCCUCAGAAGAUAUUCGCAAGACAUUUGAAAUUAACCAAGAGUCUGGAGAAGUGAGUUUAACGUCACCCUUGGAUUUUGAAACAACUGAAUCAUAUUCCAUUAUCAUUCAAGCCACAGAUGGAGGAGGCCUUUUUGGAAAAUCAACACUCAGAAUUCAGGUGAUGGAUGUGAAUGACAAUGCUCCUGAAGUGACUGUGUCAUCAAUUACCAGCCCAAUCCCAGAAAAUUCUCCGGAGAUUGUGGUUAUGGUUUUUAGUAUCCGAGAUAGAGACUCUGGGGAGAAUGGGAGGAUGAUUUGUUCUGUUUCAGAAAACCUCCCGUUCGUGCUAAAAUCAUCAGUUGAGAAUUACUACACGUUGGAAACGGAAAGAAUGCUGGACAGAGAAAGGCAAGCGGAGUACAACAUCACCAUCACGGUCACUGACAUGGGAACUCCCAGACUGAAAACCGAGCACAACAUAACCGUGCUGGUGUCCGACGUCAACGACAACGCCCCCGCCUUCACCCAGACCUCCUACACCCUGUGGGUCCGCGAGAACAACAGCCCCGCCCUGCACAUCGGCAGCGUCAGCGCCACAGACACAGACGCGGGCGCCAACGCCCAGGUCACCUACUCGCUGCUGCCGCCCCCCGACCCGCCCGUGCCCCUCGCCUCCCUCGUGUCCAUCAACCCCGACAACGGCCACCUCUUCGCCCUCACGUCCCUGGACUACGAGGCCCUGCGGGCCUUCGAGUUCCGCGUGGGCGCCACCGACCGCGGCUCGCCGGCGCUCAGCAGCCAGGCGCUGGUGCGCGUGCUCGUGGCGGACGCCAACGACAACGCGCCCUUCGUGCUCUACCCGCUGCAGAACGCCUCGGCGCCCUGCACCGAGCUGGUGCCCAGGGCGGCCGAGCCGGGCUACCUGGUGACCAAGGUGGUGGCGGUGGACGGCGACGCGGGCCAGAACGCCUGGCUGUCGUACCAGCUGCUCAAGGCCACGGAGCCCGGGCUGUUCGGCGUGUGGGCGCACAACGGCGAGGUGCGCACGGCGCGGCUGCUGAGCGAGCGCGACGCGCCCAAGCAGCGGCUGGUGGUGCUGGUCAAGGACAACGGCGAGCCGCCGCUGUCGGCCAGCGUCACGCUGCACGUGCUGCUGGUGGACGGCUUCUCGCAGCCCUACCUGCCGCCCCCGGAAGCGGAAGCGGCGGCCGCGGCGCCGGCCGACCCGCUCACCGUCUACCUGGUGGUGGCCUUGGCGUCGGUGUCGUCGCUCUUCCUCUUCUCGGUGCUGGUGUUCGUGGCGGUGCGGCUGUGCAGGAGGGGCGGGGCGGGCUCGGCGGGUCGCUGCCCGGUGCCCGAGGGCCACUUCCCGGGCCACCUGGUGGACGUCAGCGGCACGGGGACCCUGUCGCAGAGCUACCAGUACGAGGUGUGUCUGACGGGAGGAACUGGGACGAAUGAGUUCAAAUUCUUGAAGCCGAUUCUCCCCAAUCUCCCGACCCAACGCCCUGGGAAAGAAAUAGAGGAAAAUCAUACUUCCUACAAUAGCCUUGGGUUCAAUAUUCAGUGACCAUAAUUAAGUUUUAUAUCUAAUAUAUAUGUUGUUUUGUGCCGCUUCUACACCAUUGUUAUUUCCCCCCAAAUAUGUAUUUGAAAUUGCACUGUUACUUUUAUAUCUUCGCAUGUUGUACCCAUCUUCUAAGUUAAUGCUUUUUUUUGUGGUUGUAAUUAUUACAAAUAUUAAUUUAUUC